AUGGAUUUGAAAAAUGCAAUAUUAGUCAUCCUAUGCCUCUUGGCUAUGGUUGUUCUUAUAUCAUCAAAUGUGUCAGCAAGGGACUUGAUUGAGACUUCUUCUAAUACCAAAAAAGGGGUAAAUGAUGUCAAAAAUGGUUAUGGAGACUACAGUGAUAGUGGUAGCGGUGGUUACAACAAUGGUUAUCCGAAUAAUGGUGGUGGUGGCUACCAAGGUAAUGGUGAUGCUUAUAAUGGUGAUCAAGGUGAUGAUUAUGCAGAUAAUGGUGAUGAUUUCUCUGGUAAUGGUGGAGGUUAUAACGGUGGCCUCCCUAGUAAUGGAGGAAGCUACAACGGUGGUUUUAAUCCUGUUCAUGGUGGUAGUCAUAUUGGUGGUCACCAUGGUCAUCGUGGUGUUUAUUUUGGUGGAUAUGGUAGUGGUUACUUGGGUCAUGGUGGUGUUUAUAUGGGUGGUUAUGGUGGUGGUUUCUUGGGUAAUGAUGGUCACCAUGGUGAAGUUGUUGCUGUUCAAACUAAAGACAACACUCGUAACUAA